UAGGUAUUCCUUUGCGGACGUAUCUCUUCACAGUUGUGGUGCGUUUGACCGACUUUCCAUCAUCGCCAAGUAGAAUGGCCCAUUUUUGCGCCCUCGAUGCCAGUACCUUCAAGUAAUUCGACAUAAAAGCCUCGUAGCUACCGUAAUCGAAGUCCUCAUGCCUCUCAAACCCGUACUCAUCGACCGCACUAAAAGCAAAAGUAUGAUAAUUUAGUAAACACUUCACUAUUAUUAUGACCAAUUUAUUAUCAAUACACAAUACAAUUAGCACCAUACCCGAAAUAUGAUUUAGCCAUUGUGUUCUUUAAAAUGGAUUAUCAGAUGCACUCAACCAGCAUAAUAAUUUGUGGAUUAUAGGUUUGGUUUUUGGUUAAAUACGCCCCAAAUACCCCACUUCGUCACCCCCACAUGAUUGAUGCAAGUCAAAAGUCAGACAAAAUCAAUAAUUUGCAUUGAUAGAAUGAAUCUCGACGCUCAACUCGAAUGAAACUGAAUGAAAUGAGGCGAGUUGAGAAUGACUCAAAUUACUAUGACACCUGACAUUAAUGAGUAUCGUGACAUUUUUAGUUACGUCCGGAACUUUAUUAUGUUGUACAAAAGAUAUAGAGAAAAAAAAAACAAAUAUUUGCUUUGUACACUGUAAUUAUAAAAUUCUUUAGUAUUACUAAAGACUUUCAAAUAGUUCCACAGUUUAGACUUCAGAUCAACAAGCCGUCAACAAGCCAUCUCGUCACCCACCGUCACAGCAGCAAAAUGACAUUUAUUUGACAAAUUGACACUUGAUAUUAACACUGACAGUGACACAAUAAUAAUCAGCAAGCGAAAUCAUUAAUUUAUUUCUAGCGAUAUUUUAUAUUAAAGUUUUGUGUAAGAGAAUUACGACAAGGAAUUUAGAUUAAAUUGCAGUUGAAUCUACUACACACUACAGAUAGUAUCAAAAUAGUAAUAAAAUAUGGGUCCUCCGCCGGUAGUUACAGGAAUAUCUCCAAAAGAAGGUCCACCAGGGACCAGGGUUACAAUACGUGGAGAAUUUCUGGGCACUAGCGCAACAGAUCUCAUAGGCUUGAAGAUCUGUGGAUGUGACUGUUUACUGUCAGCGGAAUGGAAGAGCAAGAACAAAAUAGUGGCACGCUCGGGUCCGUGCAAGGGUCGGGGCGAUAUUAUAGUGACAACACGAUCUGGUGGAGAAGGAACUUCUACUGUGCAGUUUAGAGGUUAUCAUGAAUCAAUAGGUCCUGUGAAAGAGAGUGCAGUAUGGGUAGAGGAGGCAGCUCCGCCCUCCCUGCCAUGGGGUCGACGACCCAUGUCUCCCACUACUUACACACCUCCUGACCCUUUAGGACUCUCCACUGAAGGAGAUGACUGUAAAUUUCCCGAGGAAGAGUUGAAUGAAAUGUUUCCUGAUGGUUCUGGUAAGCUGUCUGAUGAUAACUUCCAGCCUGGCUGGUAUUUGCUAGAACACCACAGCAAUACUUCAUAUGAGGACCUCAAAGCUGGAAUGGUAUUUCUACAAAGAAAGGUGGAAGGUCAAAAGGAAGGUCAAUUAAGUUUCCUGAAGGCAAACACAGGAGCUGUGAUGGAUCAGCUGGAUCGGCUUGUUCUGCUGAAGAACAUGUAUGAAGAGGAUGAGAGGAAGAAUGGCAAGGAACCACUACCUAGCCUGCAGGCUGCUAUAGAAGAAUCGAUCACACUAGCAGACUCUCUAUUUUCGGAGAUAUUAUCGAGGAAAGAUAACGCCGACAAGACUCGCGAGGCGCUCUCUUUGCUGACCCGUCACAAGUUCCUGUUCCAACUGCCCGCGUCCAUAGACAGAAAUAUCAGGAAGAAGGAGUAUGACCUCGUGGUCAACGACUAUACUAGAGUCAAGAAUCUCUUUGGCAAUACUGAUGUUAAGUUGUUCCAAAAAAUUCUUGCUGAGAUUGACAAGAAGAUAGAGGAUUUAAAAGAGAAAUUGUAUACGAGAAUGAAAACCAUGCCAAUCAAUGUUCAAGAGCAGACCAAGUAUAUAAGGUUACUGAUAAGCUUGAACUGGGAAGGUGACGCCGCAUGGGUCGCUAUAACUAGUCGGAAAGAGUAUCUCAUGAGUCUGAUGAACAAGGUAAAAGAUCACUUCAAACAAAAAGAGGAACAGGAGUCCAAUGAGAAAGGCAAGCGCAAGUCGAAGGAGAGCGAGUGCUUGGGCGGGUGGGGCGCGGUGCGCGGCGCCUGGGUGGCGGCCGCGGCGGGCGCGCUGGCCGCGCAGCUGCACGCGCUGUGGCCGCUGGCGCGCCGCUACUUCGCCGGGGACCUCGCCGGGGAACCCGCCUCCGCGCAGCGACAGGCCGACCUCAAGGAAAUGAUAAUAGCAGCAGUGGAACUAUUUUCGUCCCACAUGCGAGCCUGCCUGCUGUCCCCGGGCGGCGCCAAGUCGGUGCCCACCGACACCCUGCGCGUGCGACUCGUGGCCAACCUCCGGCACUUGAGGGAGGCUUACGAUUCGCUACUCAAACUGGACCUACCUUCACAGCCUCUCAGUAUCGUAGAGAAAGUGAUAUUCGAUUACCGUGUGCACGGUAUGACAGUCUUCCUGCAGCGAGCUCAUAAACGCGUGAAGGGGCUUGCAGAGAAGGAGACGUGGAAGAUAGAAGAGUAUUCUGACUACGGAGCUAUUACUAAUCUUAAAAAGGUGUGGAUUGAUGUAGUGACGAGGAUUGAAAAGGGAAUGUUGCGAUGGUUUGGACAUGUAGAAAUGAUGGAUGAAAGUAGAGUAACGAAAGAAGCAUACAGAGCGGAUAUGAAUGGAUCCCCAAAUCUACUAGAAACAUACUUGAACGAGGCUUUCUCAGCGAUCCACAAGUGCGUGGUGACGAGUGGUCGCCGCGAGAGCCCCCUACUGGCCGAGCACAGCGAGCCGGCCGCCAUCUUGCAGAAACACACGCAACAGAUACUGCUCGCAUAUGUCACCGUACUACAGGACCUGGCUUUGAAUCAUGAGGACCAGGAGUUCAACAACAGUAACCUGUCGGUGGCGCUGGAGCAGCGCGCGGAGGAGGGCGGCGCGGGCGGCGCGGGGUGCGGGGCGGGGCGAGCGGCGUGGCAGCUGCGACUGUUGCUGGGCGGGGCCAACGCCGCCUACACGCGCCGACACACUCUCGCCGCCAUCGCCACUGCCAUACACAAUUUCGGCUUCCCCAAGCAGAACCAAGCUCUGCAGGCGACGAAGGAAGCUCUCAGUACAUUGGAGAGUACUAUCGCUGAGACGUACUUAGAGCACAAAGGAGAUCCGUUAGUCGGCACUAUAGAGCCCAGCAUGGAUAUGGGACGACAUAAGACUGAUGCCGACGCCAUUGUCGACGAUGCCCGGCCUUACGUCUAUGAAAUCAUCAAUAAUCUUAUUGCUGUUCACGCUGAGGUGGACAGUGUGAGCGGCGCGGCGUCCUCCCGCUACGUGCGCGAUAUCUGUGAGACGGUGUGUGAGGAGCUGGCGCGGCUGGCGGCGCUGGUGUCGCCGGGCGCGCCGAUGUCGCCCGCCGCCGCCUUCCAAGCUCGCCUCGAGUACACACUGCUACGCCUCGCUUGCGCUGAGCAUCUCACCAGAAAAGCUGAAAACCACUUGAUGGAAGCGCUAGCUGGUAUUCCUCCUAUAGAAAGCGAAGAAGAAAAGAAACGAAUGGACACAAUAGUGCAAGGGUUCAAGAAGAGAAUGGAGCUCCAGCUCGCCAGUCUGAACUGCAACAUGGAGACUGUGUAACGUAUACAUACAUACUAAGUAUAGUUGGAGUAUAGAUACUUAUAUAGUACUGUAUUUGUAUAUUACUAUAAUUUAUUAAGA